UCAUGUUAUAAAACAAGUUGUAUUUUUUUUUCUUUGCAAUUUGUUUUGGUAAAUUUGGUGGCAAAAUGUUACCUUACUACAAAACGAUAUACUGCUUGAUAUUAUUUCAGCAACUGCCCUAAAAAGCUCAAUAUAGCAUUCACCCAAAUUAAUAAGCAUCUUAAAUUAUUGGGUGAAAAAUCAGGAAUAAAAUUGCAUGAACUAGACAUGAUAAGUGAGAGAGAAUAGAAUUGUAGAUACCACUGAUCAUGAGAUCAUAUAUAGAUCAAGAAUUGAGUCAACAAAUUGCAUAGAAAUAAGAUAAGGUAAAGGUUUACAGAUGGCUACAAGGAUACUCCUAAUCAAAAUCAGCCAGAGAGGAUUUGAGAUUUUAAUUGAUAGUUGGUAUGAUUUGUCACUUAAAAAAAACUAUAUAAUGACAGUUGAUUAUGCAGCUCAUGUUGCACGUUCAAGCCAUAUUAUUUAAUAUAUACAUGAUAUUGUCCUAUGUACAUGUUGAAUUAUUGCCAUUUGACCCCUUUUUUUCUGAAUCGCAACUUUUUCAUUAACUUAAGAUAGGUGGGAGCAUUAAAGUAUUCCUCAACAACUACAGCAUUCUUUGCUAUCAAGUCUUCAACCACAUUUUGAUCACGAUCCAAUAGAAAGAGAAAUCAUCAAUGCAAGAAACACCAUAGAGGAUGCAUGUCCUCCACAAUUCCAUAAAUUUCUUUGAGAGAGCUCUCUCCUUUGAUGGCCUUGAUGAGCUGUGUCGAAUCUGAUUCAAACCUGACGGACCUGCAUUAUUGAGUUAUCAUCUGCAGAGUUGCAAAACCUUGGAGAGUUUUUUUAACCCUUAAAAAGCAAACAAUACGUUUUGAAAAGAAGUCUUCUGUUGUGAAGUAGAAACCUCCACACAAUAUGUUGUCCCGACAACAAGAAACGCUUUUUCUUACAAAGAAGUUAGAUCAAGAACCUCGUCAAGACUUCAUAUUUAGGUCUAAACUUCCUGAUAUCUUCAUCCCAAACCACCUUCCUCUCACUGAUUACGUCUUUCAGAGAUUCUCCGGCAACGGAGACGGCGAUUCCACCGCCACAUGUCUCAUCGACAGUGCCACCGGCCGUAUCUUUACCUACGCCGAUGUACAAAUCAAUUCACAGCGAGUCGCAGUCAGCAUCCAUCGGCUAGGGAUCCGCCAACGUGACACCGUGAUGCUCCUUCUCCCUAACUCGCCGGAGUUUGCUUUCUCCUUCCUCGCUGUGGCUUACCUCGGAGCCGUCACCACAACCGCCAAUCCGUUAUACACGCAGGCUGAGAUCGCAAGACAGGCAAACGCCUCCAACGCGAAGAUGAUCAUUACGAAGCAAUGUUACGUCGAUAAACUUAUAAACUUCCAAAACGACGGCGUUCUGAUAGUUUGCGUGGAUGAUGAAAACGGUACCGUUGCGUUAGCUGACGGUUGCGUUAGUUUCACGGAACUAACUCAAGCUGAUGAAACAGAGCUUCCUAAACCGGAGAUCUCGCCGGAUGACACGGUUGCGAUCCCGUACUCCUCCGGGACCACGGGGCUUCCAAAGGGCGUAAUGAUCACUCACAAGAGCUUAGUUACGAGCAUCGCUCAGAAAGUCGAAGGAGAAAACCCUAACCUCAACUUCACGGGAGAUGACGUCAUCAUCUGUUUUCUCCCAAUGUUUCAUACUUACGCGUUCAACGCGUUGAUUCUUUCGGCGAUGAGGACGGGUGCUGCGGUCUUGAUCGUGCCGAGGUUCGAGUUGAAUCUGGUGAUGGAGCUGAUUCAGAGGUACAAAGUCACGGUGGUUCCGGUGGCUCCUCCGGUGGUUUUAGCGUUUGUUAAGUCUCAAGAAACGGAGAGAUAUGACCUGAGUUCCGUGAGGAUGAUGAUUUCAGGCGCGGCUACGCUUAGGAAGGAGCUUGAAGAAGCCGUGCUCCUCAAGUUUCCCAAUGCCAUAUUUGGUCAGGGUUACGGAAUGACUGAGUCAGCAACGGUGGCUAAGUCAUUGUCAUUUGCAAAGAACCCAUUUAAAACUAAGUCCGGGGCGUGUGGGACUGUCAUCAGAAAUGCUGAUAUGAAAGUGGUGGAUACAAUUACGGGGGUCUCUUUACCGCGUAACAAAGCUGGCGAAAUCUGCAUCCGAGGCGAUCAACUCAUGAAAGGUUAUUUGAAUGAUCCGGAAGCUACUGCAACAACCAUAGAUAAAGACGGGUGGUUACACACAGGAGACAUUGGGUAUGUGGAUGAUGAUGAUGAGAUAUUCAUUGUCGAUCGAUUGAAGGAACUCAUAAAAUUCAAAGGCUAUCAAGUGGCUCCAGCUGAACUUGAAGCAUUGCUUAUUUCUCAUCCUUGUAUUGAGGAUGCUGCCGUUGUCGCAAUGAAGGAUGAAGUUGCUGGUGAGGUUCCGGUAGCAUUUGUAGUUAGCUCGGAAGGGUCUCAGCUAACUGAAGAUGAUGUCACGAGUUAUAUCUGCAAACAAGUGGUUCAUUACAAGCGAGUUAAGAUGGUGUUCUUCACUGACUCUAUUCCCAAAGCACCAUCAGGGAAGAUAUUGAGGAAGGAUCUAAGAGCAAGACUAGCUAAUGGACUGAUGAACCUAAGUUAAAAUUGUCAAAUGUGUUAUCUUAUCAUACACGCAAACAAAAAAAUUGUUGAUAAACAAAGAAUAUUAAAUCACUCAAUAUAGUUGCUUGUAUUCGUGUGGUGAAUAAUUAAUAAUUGUUGUAUUUUUUGUUUUCCUCAAAGUUAUUUUCAUGAGAAUUUGUACUCCC